AUGCAAAAAUUUUUUGAUCAUAAUUUUAAAAAAUAGAAAUAUCUCAAACAAUUAAAAGCAAUCUAUCAGUCAAUCAAUAAAUAAAUGAUUUCAUCAUUUAAAAAUCUAUUUAUUUAAAAUAGAAUUAAUAAAUCAGUUUUAAAUUCCUUAUCAUAUGGUAAAAAUUAUUUCUUUUGUAAUCUUAAUUCUCAAAAAUAAGAUGCAAUUAUGGGUAAUUAGUACUUAUUAAAGAGAAUUGAUGAUAAUGGAAAUAUCUUUGAAGUUGGACUUUUUAAAACUAAAACUGAAGCAGAGUAAAGAAUACAUGAAUUCACUAUAAAUCCGCAUAAAUAGCAUUAUUGGGUAGAAGAAAUAACAAAAACUCAAGCAAAAGUAAAUCCUACUGAGAAAAAAAGCCAUAAGUGA